AUGAAGAAGGACGGCAAGGAAGCGAGUGCCUGCGAAGAAGCUGUCGCAGAAGAUAAGAUGGAGGAAAGCCUAGAGGGGGAUCGACGCAGAAAGCGCGGAGAGGAGGCCAACUGCGACGAGGCGCCGUUCGAGAGCGAAUCGAGCGGCGAUGAAGAUGAUGGAGACGAAAUCCAGCUGAUUGCUAGAACCAAAGAGGAGCUGCUGAGACAGGGAGAGGACGACGAGGACGAGGACGAUGAAGACAUCACAGAGACUGUUCAAGCGUCCUUCGGCCUGUUCGAUCCGCACGAGGAAGCUACCGACGCCGUCCUUUCUCUCCUGCGCCAAUCUCGUCUUGACACCCACUUGAAAACGCCAUCACGCGAUCUGCAUGCCCUGGCUGAGACCAUCGCCAACCAGGGCAAUGUGGGCUCUCUGCUGAAGGCGGUAGAGGACGAAGAGGGAGAGCAGGGCGAGGCCAACGAGAGGAACGCCGAGGACGCCUCUGCGGUCGUCGGGUUCCUCUCUCUGCUUUCGCUGCGUCAGUAUCCUGAGGCAACCAACGUUUUCAGAGAUGCAUUUCUCCGCCUUGCAGGCGAGCACGCUUCAGCUGACGUCAAGGCGAAGCUCGAGGCGAUCCUGAAGCCCUCUGAGGAGAGCGCGGCCGGGAGCGCGAAUACCAACUGCGGCUGGCUGGUAAAGGAGCGGCUGAGCAACACGCCGCCGGCGCUUGUCCCCAGCAUGUUUUCUUCGCUUCUCGAAGACAUUGCGUGGAGUUUGACUACCGAGGAGAUGGAGGAGGAGGAACGGCCCUUCUAUAACUACACGCACGUCGCCGUCCUCACAAAAGUAUACAAGGAGGCGGAUGCAAGCGCGGCGGCGACGGCGUCGAAGAAGGCGAAGGGCGACGAGCCUUUAGGCUUCAAACCCUUCUUUCCUCAUCCCGAGGAUGAAGAGCUGCUGAAGGCUGCCACGGCCUUCUUUACGUACCCCACGGGGUCGUCGGUCCGCGUCGCCCCUGUGCCAGACCAGGCGAACUCGCGAGACUCGCGCGAAGGCAAAAGCCAGAGCGAGAAGCGGGAGGAUGACGCAGCGGCGAGCGGCUCUCAAGUCCGCGCGUGCCCGGAAUAUCUUCUCUUCUUCGUGAUGCCUUUCGAGAAGCUCAGUAAAUGCACAAAGGCCAUCGAGCGCCAAGCGAGUCUGCAGGUCUCCUCUUAG